GAUGCUCGCGAGUGGGCAGGGCCGGCCGGCUGCGUGGGAGGAAGCGGCCCGGGGCGGCCCUCUCUGUCCGUGACGGCGCGCGCUGCCCCGCAGGCAGGGCCUGGGCGCGAGCGAGGCGGCUGCCGGGCUGCGGUGCGGCGGUGCGGCGGCCGGGGCUCGGGGCCGGGCGCUUCUCCCACGCUCCCCACCCCUCCCCCCUUCCUUCCUUCCCCUCGGCGCUCCCGGCAGCGCUGGCGGACGCGAGCCGCGGCGGGCGCCCGAGCUUUGUGUGCGCCCGGUGGCCCGGCGCAAGCCUGGGGCGGCCCGACUUGGCCUCUCCCGGGAAGCUCCCGAGCGGGAGUUGUGAGGCGUGGCCGGGUGGAGGAGGCGCUUGGGGGGGCGUGGGGCUCCGCGGCCGGCUGGAGGCGCGGAGCGAGCCGUGCCGGACAAUGAGCCGGGCAGCUCAAAGCUGCGGCCACUUUUAGCUGCGGGCACCGGCGGGCCAGCGCCUCCGCGGCUCAGCGGCCCCACCUGCGAGGAGAGGGCGGAAUGCCAGAGCCAGGUGUCCCGGCGCAUUAAGGGCCCUCCCAGCCGGACGGCUCAGCACUGGCUCUCGCUCUGCCGCUAGUUUGCCGGAACGGUUUUGUGUGUGUGUGUGUGAAAAGCCCUUGGAGCAGCGGCGAUGGCCAGCACCAGGAGUAUUGAGCUGGAGCACUUUGAGGAACGGGACAAAAGGCCGCGGCCAGGGUCGCGGAGAGGGGCACCCAGCUCCUCUGGGGGCAGCAGCAGCUCGGGCCCCAAGGGGAACGGGCUCAUCCCCAGCCCGGCGCACAGUGCCCACUGCAGCUUUUACCGCACGCGGACCCUGCAGGCCCUCAGCUCGGAGAAGAAGGCCAAGAAGGCGCGCUUCUACCGGAACGGGGACCGCUACUUCAAGGGCCUGGUGUUUGCCAUCUCCAGUGACCGCUUCCGGUCCUUCGAUGCGCUCCUGAUAGAGCUCACCCGCUCCCUGUCCGACAAUGUGAACCUGCCCCAGGGCGUCCGCACCAUCUACACCAUCGACGGCAGCCGGAAGGUCACCAGCCUGGACGAGCUGCUGGAAGGUGAGAGUUACGUGUGCGCAUCCAACGAACCAUAUCGUAAAGUCGAUUACACCAAAAAUGUUAAUCCGAACUGGUCUGUGAACAUCAAGGGCGGGACACCCCGAGCCCUGGCUGCUGCCUCCUCUGUGAAAAGUGAGGUAAAAGAAAGUAAAGAUUUCAUCAAACCUAAACUGGUGACUGUGAUUCGAAGUGGAGUGAAGCCUAGAAAAGCUGUGCGGAUCCUUCUGAAUAAAAAGACUGCUCACUCCUUUGAACAAGUCUUAACAGACAUCACCGAAGCCAUUAAAUUAGACUCAGGCGUAGUCAAGAGGCUCUGCACCCUGGACGGAAAGCAGGUUACUUGUCUGCAAGACUUUUUUGGUGAUGAUGAUGUUUUUAUUGCAUGUGGACCUGAAAAAUUCCGUUAUGCCCAAGAUGACUUUGUCCUCGAUCACAGCGAAUGCCGUGUCUUGAAGUCGUCUUAUUCUCGAUCCUCAGCUGUUAAAUAUUCUGGAUCCAAAAGCCCAGGGCUCUCUCGACGCAGCAAAUCACCAGCUUCAGUAAAGAGGGGUGGCCACUGCUCCAGUGCCUAUUCUGCAGCCAGAUCCCCAGUUAAUGGAACUCCCAGCAGCCAACUUUCCACUCCUAAAUCUACUAAAUCCUCCAGUUCCUCGCCAACUAGCCCAGGAAGUUUCAGAGGAUUAAAGCAGAUUUCUGCCCAUGGCAGAUCUUCUUCCAAUGUAAAUGGUGGACCUGAACUGGAUCGUUGCAUGAGUCCUGAAGGUGUGAAUGGAAACAGGUGCUCUGAGUCAGCUCUUCUUGAGAAAUACAAAAUUGGGAAGGUCAUUGGUGAUGGCAAUUUUGCAGUUGUCAAAGAAUGUAUGGACAGAUCCACUGGAAAGGAGUUUGCCCUGAAGAUUAUAGACAAAGCCAAAUGUUGUGGAAAGGAACACCUGAUUGAGAAUGAAGUAUCGAUCCUGCGCCGCAUGAAGCAUCCCAAUAUCAUCAUGUUGGUCGAGGAGAUGGAGACAGCAACUGAGCUCUUCCUGGUGAUGGAAUUAGUCAAAGGUGGAGAUCUCUUUGAUGCAAUUACUUCUUCAACCAAGUACACCGAGAGAGACGGCAGCGCCAUGGUGUACAACCUCGCCAACGCCCUCAGGUAUCUCCACGGCCUCAGCAUUGUGCACAGGGACAUCAAGCCGGAGAAUCUCCUGGUGUGUGAAUAUCCUGAUGGAACCAAGUCUUUGAAACUAGGAGACUUUGGGCUCGCCACUGUUGUGGAAGGCCCGUUGUACACAGUCUGUGGUACACCAACUUAUGUGGCUCCAGAAAUCAUCGCUGAAACAGGCUACGGCUUGAAGGUGGACAUCUGGGCGGCUGGUGUGAUCACCUACAUACUUCUCUGUGGAUUCCCACCGUUCCGCAGUGAGAACAAUCUCCAGGAAGAUCUCUUUGACCAGAUACUGGCUGGGAAGCUGGAGUUUCCAGCCCCCUACUGGGAUAACAUCACAGACUCUGCCAAGGAAUUAAUCAGUCAAAUGCUUCAGGUAAACGUUGAAGCUCGGUGUACCGCAGGACAAAUCCUGAGUCACCCCUGGGUGUCAGAUGAUGCCUCCCAGGAGAAUAAUAUGCAAGCUGAGGUAACAGGUAAACUAAAACAGCACUUUAAUAAUGCGCUUCCCAAACAGAACAGCACCACCACUGGGGUCUCCGUCAUCAUGGUGAGUGGCAUGCAUGCUUCUGCUGUGGGACACUGCCCUGUCUGGCCUGACUGCUGAGCCGACAUUGAAUCCUUUGAAUUAAGUAGCUAAGAACUCCUCUCACAUGAAAGCUGGUACUUCCGUGUCCCUAUUCUCAUGUGCAGAUUGGCUUGGCAUGUGGAGGGAACUCAUCUGGCCAACUCCCAAGCUGUGGGCACUGCAGUUUGGGCCUGUGCAGGUGCCAACAACUCGUCUGAUGGGUCCAGGCGCCAGGCGGCUCCUGGGCUCAGGGCCCUCCGAGGCAGCUGCUUCCACUCUCACCUCUGCUUUCUCAUCUAGAGGGAAACUCCAAGCCCAGUGGGAAUUACAGUAUGAGGAAGUAGCUCCCUGUCUGCCCAGGGCUUCAGAAAGAGAUGAUUUGAGAGAUGAAUUAUUCUUUGGAAUUUGGGAAAAGAAACAGGCCAGAGUUAAACAAAUUUCAUUUUUUAAAAAAUCAGUGUUUUAUAAAAGACAGUUUGGAGGCUUUUAAAAGUACAGAACAAUGUAAAAACAAUUAGUUUUUUUCUGUAUUGGCACACUUUUAGGAGAGGUCAGUAACAAAGGCCCUAUUUUUUUCAGCCCUUUCUUCCAAAAUGUUUUUGAAGGCAGCUUAGCUAAAUACAUAAGCACAAUAGAUUAAAUGAAAAGAAAGUAUUAAAGUAGGUGAAGCAAAAGGAGAAUAGGGCAGGAAAAAAUAAGAAUUGAGCCAGAGGUGAGGUCAGCAUGCCCCACCCCAGCUGUCCAGGCCCAGGCACCCAUGAGAUUGGGCUGUACAUCAGCUCUGAGUCUUUCCCUGUCACGGUAGCCAGGUAAAACUGAAGGCACCUCUGUUCUCCCCACCCCACCCCCAGAAGCAGGUAGAAGAAAGUCCACGCUCUGAGGUGUCAGGCACUCGAGUUCCUACAUCUUGGCCUCUCCAGUGACCCUGGGUCCCGACAGCUAGGACUGGGCCAUCUGCACAGCCCAUCACCCUCACCCCAGGACAGGCCUCUCACCCUCCGGAAAGCAUUUGUUUGCUUCCUGUCCAACCAGAGGGGAAACAGUUGAUUAUUCUUAUGGUGCAUGGUAGUCCAGGAACCUAACCUGAGGAGGUGCAGGGUCCAGAUCGAUGCUGGAAGGAAAGCCCACGCCCACACCGCCAACCACACACCUCCAUGUGGCCCACAGCCCGUGGUGUGAAAUGCCCUGCGGUGUGUACUGGGCAUCCACUGGCCUCAGCACCUUCUGGUCUGUCUCUCUCCUCUCCCCCAGGACAGACUGUGUUUAUUUGUCAGCCUUCCCUCUGUAUGCCCUUGCAGCCCCCCUGCUGCACCCCUGUAGCCACACAAAGCCCCAGUUUGCAAACUGGGUAUUUUGAUGACUUGUAGGACGUUAGGGGUGCUCUGAGCCAAAAUGCUGGAAAGGUCUCUUGAGUUGUGGUUUCUCCUAGCAUUUCAGCAGUGUUUUGCUGAAAACCUAGGAAGUCAGGGUUGUCACAGAAUUACAGCCUAAACACUUUGAAAAGAACCAUCUUGAUCCAGCCCUCAGCAUGAGAACAUUUUCAAGUGACUCCCCUAGGAGCGCUGGCACUGAUGGAUGGGAUAAGUGGUUUGCAGCUUGGCCGUGCACUGCAUUGUAAGGCAGCUUCUGGGAAAAGUUAGAAAAAUAAAACAUGAGCAAUUGGCAUUCUCAAUAUGUACUGAAAACCUUAAGAAGAGAGAUUUGUUGCAUCAAAAUUUAAUAACUAUAUUAGUUAAGCCUCACAGUCUUCUAAGAGGAAGAACCUUCACAGCCCUGUACACAGGGCUGAGGGGAAAUCCCAGUGACUUGUGAGGGAGUCAUUGCCUGGGUCAUUUUUUGAUUCGGGGGCUCAGAUAGGAAUCAGUGGCCAAAAGCCUGUGCCAGUCUCUCUCUGAAUGACUCUCAGCAGAGGUUCUGUGAUGAUCGGCAGUUCUGCCUUAUGGCCCGACAUAGGCUUGACUGCAGAUGAGGACGCUUAGCUCCCCUCAGACAGAACCUACCUUACCUGGUUUACGUAAGAGCGGCAUUUUCCCAUUUGCUGGUGAAGAAGGUCAGCAGUCAACUGUCAAAGCGCUGGGCUUUAAUAGGGUGUUAGUGUGAAUGAACACCCCUUUCUUACCUGUAAUUCUGAUGGCGAUUGUGAAAGUUGUGUGUUUACGUGUGUUCUGUUGUCAUUCUGCUCAUGUUGGCAGGGCCUCUCUAACCCCACGUUCCCUACACAACUCUGCAGGUUGUUAGCUCUGAGGAACUGCUGAACGUCAUGAUCACACUCAGCACUACAGGAGGGACCAGUAGAGCUGGGCUCUGGCCUGUGAAUUUUGGCUCGUCUCCAAAAGUGGUGGGAGGGGCAGGCCUGCUGCUUAUCCUUACCCAGCUCAGGACCUGGUUUGGGGCAUGGUUGUGUCGGGGAAGCUGGUGAUGCUCUGUGUUGUCCUGUUUACCAUUACCUUGUGUCUGUGUGUCCGUCCUUGGGAACAGUUUUAAAUGUUUUUAUAUUGAAAAUAACGGUGCAGUGGCUCACACCUGUAAUCCUAGCACCCUGGGAGGCCAAGGUGGGUGGAUUGCCUGAGCUCAGGAGUUGGAGACUAGCCUGAGCAAGAGCGAGACCCUGUCUGUACAAAAAAUAUAAAGAUUAGCUGGAUGUUGUGGCGGCCUGUAGUCCCAGCUACUCGGGAGGCUGAGGCAGGAGGAUCACUUAAGCCCAAAAGUUUGAGUUUGCUGUGAGCUAGGCUGAGGCCAUGGCACUCGAGCACAGAGUGAGACCCUGUUUAAAAAAAAUUACAAAAAACGAAACCUCGAAAUGGCUCUACCUGGUAUUCGUAUGUCCUCAUAACUAGAGUAAGUAGGGCUCAUACGGUUUCCUGCAGAUGCUAGUAAGAAUGGACAUAGUGCGUGAAUAUUUUGAGGUUGAAUCUUCAGACAACUACUGCGUAGCUAACAGGCAGAACCUUCCUUCUAUUCUCACCCCAGUGUUCUUGCAAAGUUGGGGCUUGCGGCUUCAGGGACAAAAUUAUAGGAUAGGAAUUGUUAAAGAAAGGCAAAACAAAGUGACGUUCCUGCUGUUGUCUGCAUUUUAUUUGACAGUUUGAUUUGACAGUUUGAGAGACACCUCAGAAUUUCCUUCUUUACCCAGUUGGGACAGUGGGAAGGCCUGAAGCAGAACCCUGAACAUGUCUCUAGAUAAGGAGGGGCAGAUUUUCUGCAGUAAGCACUGUCCAGACAGCAGCAGAGCCGGGAUGGAGC